GAUUUAAUGAAAUCUAACAUCAAACUAGAGAGAUUAAUAAAUAUUUAUUUAUCUCGGUGAAGACACUCGAGCAAACAUUGUAGGGAAACUUAAUAUUAUAAUAAGAACAAUCUUUAAAAAUAUUAUUUUGAUAAAAUGGCGUAUGUUUUUAAUUUAAACGUUGGAAGCAUGGUCGAGUGCGGAAGAGAACUAACGGCCUCCGGAUGCUCGCGUCCCAGCGACGGAGGAGAAGAAGAAUAAUCCCCUCCAACGGUCAGCACCGCCGUCUCACGUUCUCCGCCUCCACUCCCCGGCCUUCCUCUGCAACCACCGGCGACGCCUCCUCAUGGACCCGCGCGAUCCGGUCCUCGGUGGAGCUCGGCCGCUUCUGCCACGCCGUAGCCCUCUACGCCCGCAUGCAGCGCACCGGCCACCGCCCCGACCCCUUUGCCGCCUCCGCAGCUCUCAAGGCCUGCGCCCGCCUCCCCUCCCGCCCCCUCGCCACCGCCAUCCACGCCCAGCUGCACAAGCUCGGCCUCCGCUCCCACGUUUACCCCGAGACCGCCCUCGCCAACUUCUACUCUAAGCUCGACGGCCCCGACGCCGCCAGGAGGGUGUUCGACGAAAUGCCCGUGAAGAAUGUCGUCUCCUGGAACUCCAUCCUCUCCUCCCGCAUAAGAGCCGGAGAGUUGGGAGCCGCCCAGAGGGUCUUCGAUGAGAUGCCAGUGAGGGACGUGGUUUCCUGGAACUCGAUGGUCUCCGGGUACGCCAAGGCUGGGGACAUGGACCGCGCUGCUGCUCUUUUCCAUUGCAUGCCCGAGAAGGACCCUGCCUCUUGGAACGGGAUGAUAAGCGGGUAUAUAAAUCGCGGGAAUAUGGCAAUGGCGAGAGAACUGUUCGAUGAAAUGCCCGUGAGAAGCAAUGUUUCCUGGAUCACGAUGAUUUCUGGUUAUACGCGGAGCGGGGAUGUUGAAUCUGCAAGGGAGCUAUUUGACAAGAUGGAAAGGAGGGAUCUUUAUGUGUGGAAUGCGAUGAUCGCUUGUUAUGCACAGAACGGAUGCCCCAGAGAGGCGCUUCAGUUGUUCAACAGGAUGCGGAAGCCUGAUGUGGGCGUGCAGCCUGAUGAGAUGACCUUUUCUAGUGUCAUAUCGGCUUGCUCGCAGUUAGGGGACUUGAAAUUUGGGUUGUGGGUUGAAGAAUAUAUGUCUUCUAUUGGGAUCGAAUUGGAUGAUCAUUUGAGUACUGCUCUUAUAGAUUUGUACUCAAAGUGUGGAGGAAUGGACAGGGCUUUUGUGCUUUUUGAUGGGUUGAAAAAGAGAGAUAUAGUGUCUUAUAGUGCAAUGAUCUUGGGAUGUGGCAUAAAUGGGAGGUCUUCGGAUGCAAUUAGUUUGUUUAAAGAGAUGUUGGAUGCAAAAAUAACACCAAAUGCUGUAACCUUUGUUGGGCUUCUGACAGCAUAUAGUCAUGCUGGUUUGGUGGAGGAAGGGCGCAGAUGCUUUGCUUCAAUGUGGACCAAGCAUAAGAUUCCACCCUCGGCCGAUCACUAUGCAGUUAUGGUAGAUCUUCUUGGUCGGAGUGGAAGGUUGGAAGAAGCAUAUCAGCUGAUUAGGAAGAUGCCGAUGCGUCCCCAUGUUGGUGUAUGGGGAGCCUUGCUUCUUGCUUGCAGGUUGCAUGGCAAUGUAGAGCUUGGGGAGCUUGCUGCUCGGAAUUGCUUUGAGUUGGAGCCUGAAGCAAGUGGGUAUUAUGUCCUCCUGGCUAACGUCUAUGCUGAAGCUGGAAAAUGGGACAAGGCGAAGAGACUAAGGAAGAUGAUGGUGGAAAAGGGGUUAACUAAGAUCCCAGGGUUUAGCUUGGUGCAAUCCACAUGAAGACCCUUCUGUUCGAACACAGUAGGAUCGCUGUUAUGCUGCGAUUCAGAGUUAAAAAAUGCUUGAUGUUGAUGCAUUAUACUGUGAUUUGUAAAGCCAAUGACAUUUCAUUGGAGUAAGGCUGGCAUGGUUAAGGUAUGGAAUCCAUGAACAGCAGGUUCAACUAAGUGCUAGCAUUUAGCUACAUCAAACACUUCUCAGGUAUUCCUUGCUUGAAAUCUAGAUUUUCAUGGCUGAUUACCACUUUAAUGGAGGAAUUGCAUGUCUUGGCUGAGUAUAUGAAAUGCAUGAAUUGCUCCUUGAGUUGAUUUAGCACCGUCAAAUUGUGGGAUUGUGAAGAGAAACAUUCACUGGCUUCUUAUAUGGGUAUUAUAAUGUUGGCUGCCUUCACCGAAUAGCUUUGGUGUCUUUUAACUCCGCAUUGUGAUCUCACAUUGCCAUUGACAGGGGAUACUUCACAAAUUGAUUGGAGGAGUACUUGGAGCAUACAAUUGAGAAUGUUGGGAACAGGAACCUUUGGGUCCUUUGAUCGUACAAUUGUGGGCACUGUUUUUGUCAUACAUUCAUCUUGACAUGAUUUUUUCGACACCAGAAAGCUGUUUGAAUUGUUAGGUAUGUUAUAUCUGAGUAUUAACUCGGAUGAUUUUGAGCUUUGUUUUCCAUUGUUUCCAAGACUUUAAUAUCUUAAACCUGCGUAUGAGUUCAAUGAAGCUGUUCUUAGCCCAAUCCCAACAGGACAUUUGGGAGACUGUUUUCUUGGUUAGUUAAGUGUAAUAUCUUACUUGUAAAUAACUUCAUGCAUCUUGCGCCAUAUGUAAUAGCUAAUAUUA